AGUAAGCUAAACGGCCAUUCUUUCAUCUUCGAUCUUCAGCCUGCAAUUCCUAUUUCUAACUCCAAACUUUAAACUUCAUAGCUUUUGAUCUCUGAAACAAAGCCAUUAUCUCAUCAAAUGCAAGAUCCAGCCAAUUCGAAGCCGAUGAUGAUGAGCCAAGCGCCAGCGUUUCCAUCGGCAUUGAGGCCAUCGCACCACCGGAGGGCUCACUCGGAGGUGAACUUCCGGCUGCCGGAGGAUCUGGAUCUGGUGUCGGACCCCUUCGAUGCGGCGCCGGCCGGGAGCUUCGAGGAGAUGGGAUCCGAGGACGAUCUCUUCUCCACCUACAUGGACAUCGAGAAGCUCGGCGGCGCCGGCGCCGGAACCGACAGUGUAGCGGCGGAUAGCGGCGGCGAUGGAGAGAAGAGCCUCGGCCGGCCGCGCCACCGCUAUAGCAACUCCGUGGAUAGCUCCUCCAGCUUGCUGCUUAGCGAGAGCACGAUUGAAGCUAAGAAAGCUAUGGCGCCUGAUAAACUCGCGGAGCUUUGGACCAUUGAUCCCAAGCGAGCUAAAAGAAUUCUGGCAAAUCGCCAAUCAGCUGCUCGAUCGAAAGAGAGGAAGGCGCGCUACAUAUCUGAACUCGAGAGAAAAGUGCAGACCCUUCAGACAGAAGCAACCACACUUUCCGCACAGCUUACCCUGUUCCAGAGGGAUACGACAGGGCUUAGUAACGAAAAUACUGAGCUUAAACUUCGUUUGCAAGCCAUGGAACAACAAGCUCAAUUGCGUGAUGCUUUGAAUGAAGCGUUAAAGAACGAAGUUGAAAGACUCAGAAUAGCUACUGGCGAAAUAGCAGCUCCUUCUGAUGCUUACAGUUUGGGAAUGCAGCAUAUUCCUUAUAAUCAAUCAGCCUUCUUCUCACAUCAGCCACAGUCGGGGCCAAGUGACUCCCAAAAUAUUCAGAUCCCGCAGUUUCAUGCAUUCCAGCCAAGCACAUCUACUCCACAUCACCCCAUGCUUGCUUCUGCCUCGGUCCAGGCUCUUGCAGACACGGUGCAGCAGGAUCCUCUCGGUCGCUUUCAGGGCCUCGAUAUCAGUAGCAGCAGGGGCUCUCAUAUUGUGAAGAGCGAAGCCCCUUCCAUAUCUGCAAGCGAAAGCAGCAGUAGUACAUUCUGCUCUUGAGUUGCUCUUUUGUGCGACGCCCCCAACCCUAUUUAUCAAAUUGUUCAUAGACUGACACCGUUUUUAACAUCCAGGAAACUCACUAUUCUUCAAAUUUUUUUUGUUUGGAACUGUUUUUUUUUAAUCUUUCCAUUCAAUUUGAGGAGUCCUAGGUUCUCAGUAGUUCCAACAAUUAAUGUCUGGACAUUCUUUCCCUGUUGUGCCAUUGGUCUUUCUCUUUUCUCAACUCCAAUCCAUUUCCCAUUAUUUCAUUAAUUCAAGGGCUACUCCUAAAGACAUCCUUGUACCUGCAUAUGGGAGGUGAGGAAAGCGAAGCCGAUUGCUUGGAUUGAUCCCAACCCUGCACGUUCUCGAGUUAAUGCGUGGAUAUUGGCAAUUUUUGGGUGCUUAAUACCAUUGUGUGGCUGUUUGAUCAAAAUGGGUUUUAUGGAAAGCUUCUCUGAGAGGUUGUUUCUUUCUUCUACCUUAUUUCUAUCUGUUCUGUCUUUGUCUCUGUGUGGACAAGUGGAGUAUUUUGACACUGAAAACGGCAGAUAACUGCCUGGUUUCUUGUAAGCAUUUGCUGAUGAGGCUUCUUCUGAUCUGCUGUGGUGCUUGCUUGCUAUGAUCCACAAGAAAUUUUUGGGUGUUUUUUGGAGAUGAAAUAAACAGACAUCGUGUCUUCACAUGCACUGCACGUUACAAUCUCAUUUAUUCACGAAAGGCACCCCUUCUGCGACCAUACAACCAUCUUUCUUAGUCUCGUAUCUGCUACAAAAUUCUUUUGGUUCAUGUGUACAUUGUUGUGUUAUUGUGUAUGUGUAUGUCGAGUGUAUUGUAUUGUGUCUCAAGGCGGGCUUCACCCAGAGCGCACGUUAUGGGUAGCGGUUGUGAACUUUUUCGUAAAUCAAGGUGUAUUGUAUUGUUAUUGUGUCCCAAAGUGCUGUUCUGGGUAGCGGUUGUGAAUUUUUUCGUAAAUCAAGAUGUAUUGUAUUGUUAUCACAAAAAAAGUGGAAAAAUCCUUAACUGAACGAUAAAUGAGUUUUGAGUUACAAAUA